CAGCAUCUUUAGAGGGUUGGAUUGUGCAGGCAGCCCUCCUCCUCCUCCUCCUCCUCCUCCUCCUCCUCCUCCUCCUCUUCCUCUCCUUCCUCCCCGCCCCACCUCUUCCACCACCCGCGGACACCCCACCAUCCUUCGGUCAUGAUGCAACUUUAAGCAGCGAGAGGAAGUUAAGAACGACGAUCCAGUUUUGUUCUUCCUGCCUAGAGAUGAUGUUCUCUUCCGCCGGGAAGCGCUGCUUCACGAUAGAGUCUCUGGUCGCCAAAGAGAGCCCCCUGCCAGCCGAGGACCCCAUCCGGCCGACGGCGUUGAGUUACUCCAACCCGACCACAGAUGCCUUAAUGAGCGGCUACCAGGCUCCGGCGACCAGGCCUCUCUACCAGGGCCCGGAGCUGGUGUUCCCGGAGACGGUGAACCACCCGUCCCUCACCGUGGCCCCGCACCAGCUCGGAGGCUCCCACCUACAGCAUCCGCACUUCUUCGGCACGCAGCACCGGGACCCGCUCAACUUCUACCCCUGGGUGUUACGGAACAGAUUUUUUGGACACAGAUUUCAAGGUAACGAGGUGUCCCAGGACAGCCUGCUCCUGCACGGCCCCUUCGCCCGGAAGCCCAAGCGCAUCCGGACGGCCUUCUCUCCGUCGCAGCUGCUCCGCCUGGAGAGAGCCUUCGAGAAGAACCACUACGUGGUCGGAGCCGAGAGGAAGCAGCUGGCCAACAGCCUGAGCCUGAGCGAAACCCAAGUGAAGGUUUGGUUCCAGAACAGACGGACGAAGUACAAGCGGCAGAAGCUGGAGGAGGAGGGUCCGGACAGCCAGCAGAAGAAGAAGGGGAACCACCACAUCAACCGCUGGCGCAUCGCCACCAAGCAGGCCAGCUCCGAGGACAUCGACGUGACCUCAGAGGACUGAACCUGCACACGAGCCUGAGCGUCAGAGGACCAACACUAUUUAUUAUGUAAGAUUAUUAAAAGCGUUGUUAGACUCGUUAGAGGAAGACUCAAGGAUUCCAUGUGCGAUCACUCCACGUCUUCAUCGAGGAGUUUGGACGUCUCGCGCCGCCGUGACGACGGCGGAGCAUCAUUUCAUGAUGGCUGAAGAGAAAAGUCGUGGUACCCUACAGUACCACGGUGCUCGUUUUUUUAAAAUCAUUUUUCCUUUUUUGUACA